CCUUUGCUACUUGGACUUGGCGCAGGAGAGAACACUGUGAGCACCCUGGGACGGCUGGUGCUGAUUAUAUGGUUGUUUGUGGUCUUAAUUAUCAAUUCGAGCUACACAGCUAGUUUGACGUCAAUCCUCACGGUGCAGCAGUUGACAUCACGAAUCGAAGGGAUUGACAGCUUGAUAGCAAGUAACGAUCCAAUUGGAGUUCAAGAUGGGUCAUUUGCAUGGAAGUAUUUGGUUGAUGAGCUCAACAUUGCGGAAUCUAGACUCGUCAAGUUAAAAACCAUGGAACACUACAUUGAAGCCCUUCAGUAUGGACCGAAACGUGGUGGGGUAGCUGCCAUUGUUGAUGAGCUUCCUUAUAUUGAGCUGUUUAUGUCCAACACCAAAUGUAAAUUCAGGACGGUGGGGCAGGAGUUUACAAAAAGCGGAUGGGGAUUUGCAUUCCAAAGGGAUUCUCCUCUUGCUGUUGACUUGUCGACCGCCAUUCUUCAACUCUCAGAGAAUGGCGAUCUCCAAAAGAUCCGUAAUAAAUGGCUUUCGCAUAACGAAUGUUCUAUUCAAAUGAAUGAAGUUGAUUCAGACCGGCUAUCUCUGACAAGCUUUUGGGGCCUGUUUCUUAUCUGUGGCGUUGCAUGCUUUCUUUCUCUUACGGUGUUCUUCUGCAGAAUCCUUUGUCAAUACCGCAGAUUUAUCCCGGAGGCCGUGGAAGGGGAUGUGGAGGAGAUUGGACCUCCUUCCAGGAGAUCUAGACCCUCGAUCCGAUCAACUAGUUUCAAGAACCUCAUGGACUUUGUAGAUACGAAAGAAGAAAAGAUCAAGCACUUGCUUAAGCGAAAAGGAAGUGAUGGCAAACAUGAUGAAGCUAGCAAACAUGAUGAAGCUAGUCCUAGCUCUGAUGGGCAGGCCCAUUCACCCUCUUAAGGAAGAUUUGCUCUCUGCAUUCAGCUGGUAACCACACUAUUAAUGAAAAAAUUUAUGUAUCUAAUAUCCUUGUGCCAAAAGUUAAUUAGGUAUAUAGAAUAACAUUACAUGGUUUAGAAAAACAGAAGGAAAAAAGAAAUUAUGAGAAGAUCCUUUUGCUAGUUGUAGACCAUUUUGUAUUGAACAA